AUGAAAUACAAUUUAGUUUUCAUCGCUGUUAUAUUGGCAUUUACUGCCUUCGCCUCAGCACAACUUUUACCAACUCUUCCAACCACACCUAGUGGUAUACCUACUAUUCCUACUGUUGUUACCACUUCCGAGGUCGCUUCCUCAGGAACUCCACCUAUAACACCUAUCCCUACUGCUGUCACUACCUCUACUGAUAUCCCUUCUGGAUCAUCAAGCCCAACUGGAACACCUUCAAGCAUCCCAACUGACCCAUCGACUGAUUCCUCUGAUACCCCCAGUGCCUCCAGUUCUCCAACUUCAGACAAUGGUGGUGAUAGUGAUGAUGAUAGUGAUAACGGUGCAGGAAAAACAGCAAACUUAAACGUUUUUGUUAUGAGUUUGAGUGCUGCAUUGAUUGCUGGAAUGUUAUUAGUUUAA